UGUGAUUACGAUAUAGGGAUCGGAAGUCUUCGCCAAUUGCCGGCUCCUGCUUCUAUUUAUCCCUCGUUUCGCCAACUACUCUCUCGUAUACCUUUCGCAAGAGCCUUUUUUAUUAGCAGGUGGUAGUGGUAGUGGUAGUGGUAGUGGUAGUGGUAGUAGCAGCUGUUGUUUGUAGAAAGGAAGAAAUGGAGGCCGGAAGAGUGGGGAGGAUAAAGCUGGGUUCACAGGGCUUGGAGGUGUCAGCACAGGGCCUCGGCUGCAUGGGCAUGUCCGCCGCCUUCUAUGGCCUUCCCAAGCCCGAAGAAGACAUGAUCGCUCUCAUCCACCAUGCCGUCCACUCCGGCGUCACCUUCCUCGACACCUCCGAUAUCUACGGCCCCUUCACCAAUGAAAUCCUUCUCGGAAAGGCUUUGAAGGGAGGGGUGAGAGAGAAGGUGGAAUUGGCAACUAAGUUCGGAAUUAGCUAUGCGGACGGUAAGUGGGAGACACGUGGCGAUCCGACAUAUGUAAGAGCGGCCUGUGAGGCCAGCUUGAAGCGCCUCCAAUUGGAUUGCAUCGAUCUCUACUACCAGCACCGCGUCGACACCAGCCUUCCCAUCGAAGUCACGAUUGGGGAACUGAAGAAACUAGUUGAAGAAGGUAAAAUCAAGUACAUUGGUAUGUCCGAGGCCUCUGCUUCGACCAUCAGAAGAGCGCAUGCAGUUCAUCCAAUUACAGCUGUGCAGCUUGAGUGGUCUUUGUGGUCUAGAGAUGUCGAGGAAGAAAUUAUUCCUACUUGCAGGGAACUGGGCAUUGGGAUUGUUGCAUACAGUCCUCUAGCGCGAGGAUUCUUUUCGUCAGGGAUUAAGGCUGUUGAAAAGAUUAUGAACAAUCAGUUGCUGUUGAUACCAAGAUUCCAUCCUGAAAAUAUUGAGCAUAACAAAACCAUAUUUGAGCGUGUUAAUGAAAUGGCAACGAGGAAGGGAUGCACCCCAUCACAGCUAGCACUGGCCUGGGUUCAUCACCAAGGGAAUGACGUGUGUCCCAUUCCAGGAACCACCAAGAUUGAAAACUUCAAUCAAAACAUUGGAGCUCUGUCUGUCAAACUCACACCAGAAGAAAUGGCUGAACUUGAAUCGUUUGCUUCAGAGGACGUUGUUAAGGGUGAUAGAUAUUCUAGUGGAAUUGCGACUUGGAAGACUUCUGAAACUCCACCGCUUUCUUCAUGGAAAGCUGCUUAAGCACAACUGGCUUUCUGCUGUAGUGUCUCAAUAACUUUAUUAAUAUUAUAACUGAAGUGCGUUGUGUACGUUCAAGAACUGUGCUCGGAAUAGUUUAUGUUCUAUUAGAAUGUUAUUUUUAAUGAAGAUCAGGUUUGGUUCAGUUAUCAAA